UCCAGUCGGAUCACUUCCCGACCCGAACCCAACUACUGUUCAAGUAAUAGAGCUGCUAAAACCCUCUCUCCGAGAUUUUGGCUUCUAUUGAUGGUCGUUCACCGGACCGGAGCCGCCAUGGAAGUUAUCCACAACUUUCAAGUUUCAUGCUUUAAGACAGGAGUGCUCAGUGGUUGUUUUCCAUUUGCUGUUCCAAAGGUAAUUCCUAUUCAAGAGAUUUACAGAAGAGGUGCUGCAAUCCCUAUCGCAUUUGUCUCUGUCAAGAACCAAUCAACUCAAAACGCCGUCUCAACCAAAAAUCAGGAUUCUUCCACCGUCGCCUACCUCAUAAGUUCAUGUGGGUUGUCUCCAGAAUCUGCAAUCUUGGCAUCCCAGAAGGUACAAUUUCAAAACCCGGUGAGACCCGAAUCUGUUCUUGCCCUUUUGAGAAAUUACGGGUUCUCAGAAACCCAAAUCUCUAAUAUAGUCAGGAAACGCCCAGUCCUCCUUUUAUAUGAUCCCCUGAAUAUUCUUUCGCCCAAACUUGAAUUCUUUCUCUCUAUAGGCAUUUCGAGAGCUGAUCUUGCUCGGAUGCUCUCUUCAGACCCAACCAUUUUGACUAGAAGCUUGGAGAACCAGAUUAUACCCUCUUAUAACUAUCUCAAGAGUGUGCUUUUAACUGAUGAAAAGAUUUUUUCUGCAAUGAAGCGCACUACUUGGAUCUUUUUAAACAAUCAUUCCAAGAAUUUGAAACCAAAUAUCACGUGUUUGAGUGAAUUAGGCGUGCCGCAGUCAUGCAUUUCUCUGUUGCUGACUCAUUUUCCUGAGGCUGUGAUGCAAAGGCAUGACCAAUUUAGCAAAAUUGUGGAUGAGGUUAAGGAAAUGGGGUUUGAUUCAAAGAAGUCCACUUUUGUUUUAGCAGUACAUGUACUUUCAGGGAAAGGAAAUCGGUCGACAUGGGAACGGUGUGGUGAAGUUUAUAAGAGAUGGGGUUGGUCUAGCGAUGAGAUUCUUGCAGCGUUUAGGAAGCACCCACAUUGUAUGAUGCUAUCAGAGAAGAAAAUCAUGCAGGGAAUGGACUUCUUGGUGAAAAAGAUGAGGUGGCCAUCCAAAGUGAUUUCUCGAUUCCCUCUGGUGUUGUCUUUUAGUCUGGAGAGGAGAACUGUACCCAGAUGUAGAGUAAUUCAGGUUUUGUUGUCUAAGGGAUUGAUAAAGGACAGUUUGAGUUUGACUAGUAUUUUGGUGCCUGUAGAGGAGUAUUUUCUGCAGAGGUUUGUGACCAGAUAUGAUGUGGAGGUACCUGAGUUGCUGAGUGUGUAUAAAGGAAAUGUGGAUCCUGAGGACAUAUAAGUUAUGUGAAAUUGUUUUUGGGGAAGGAAGGAUUCAAAACCAGUGAAGCUCUGUACUUGGAUGUCUCGGUGAGUCCUGAUACCCAUGUCUACUUCUUCUCGAUUGUUUUGAGCUCUCACUAAGAGGUGUGACAUUGUCUUACCUUCAUUGUAUCCAUCAAGUAUUCCUCGUUACCAUGAGCUGCUACUAUUUAGAUCCUUCGCGUCUAAGGACAAAAAGAAAAACAUCUUACCUUACAAAAUCUUACAAAAUCGUAUGGAUUGUCCCUGAAACAAGAGAAAUCUGCAUCGAAAAAAUCACAGCUUGACAGACCCGAAAGACCCAACUCCGUCCUUGAGCUUCCUGAAAGUGAUGAGAAGAUUGUGGAAUACUGGAAGUGACAGUGGACUUUUUUGUGAACAGAAUGGGUUCUCUGUCUUAACGAAUUGCUGGGAUUCCAACUCUUCUUCUUUACAGCUUUGAGAAGAUGAUUGUUCCCCGGCGUUCUCCUUCAUUGAAGAACUUUUUGGACUAAAUAGGAAGAAAACAUUCCUCAACUAUUGGAUUUUGUAUAAAGGAAAAGUUGAUCUCCUGGAUUUAGGGAUGAAAUCCAAUGCAUAUGUGUGAAGCAGCUGAAUGUAAAUUAUACAGAGGUUAAGAGUGCUUGUCACCUCUUCUUAUGUAGAUCUUUGCUCUUGCCUUGUUCUUGUCAUGUCAGAGCAUUGGAUCAUGUUAUCUUGCUUCGUAGGUAAUUGACAUUGUUCUGCAAUGUGGAUGCAUUCUUGUGGUCAAAUAAGAUUGUCAAGGAGGUUAAGGACUUGACCUC